AUGCAACGUGGGACGACACAAAGAGUUGCGGCUACUACUGCCAAAAUAGUCGACGAGGCUGAAUGGGAUAUUGGGCCGGUAGCACGGGCCGCAUGGGGUGUCACAUCCAAUACGAACCAGAACUCAACCACUGAAUCUUCCAUCCACGUAACUCAAGACGACUCCUAUCUUCCUUUCGUAUUCGAACAUGACACACCGGAUGCUACGGAGCACCAGCCUUUGAGGAAUGAAUCAGAAGUAGAGCCCGGGCGAAGGCGAAUCUUUCGCCAUGGCACCGAAGUAAAGCAGGAUGAGGCUCCCCCUGUAGAGGCCGUGGACCCAAGUAGUGAACCUGCAAAACCUAGAACGAAUACUGAGAGCAACGCAAAAGACAGCGGCUCCCUGAAAGCAUUCAACCCUCAACCAAAGUUUAUUUCUGGGUCGAGAGCUCCCUUGAAUGAUGAUCAGGUCGCUAACAAAGCAGGAAUGCGCCGUCACCGACUUGAAGGUCUCCUUAAGCGGUCGGACUUAUCGUCUUCCGGCUUCCUGAAACCCGCAGGCGUAUCAUCAGCUUCAAGUACCAGCACGAAACGAGCACGCGAAGACAACAUAGCUCCGUUGCGCGGGAAAGUGAAGAGGUCCAAAUAG